GUUUCCCGCCGAAAGAUCGGCAGGAACGACGAAUUUUAUUGUGCUCUUCAGAGGUCUCAGAUCUCACGAAGAAGUUGCUGAGCGUGUAAUGCAUGUGAAUUCAGAAUUCUUAUCGGUCGGAAGUUUACGCAUCACUCCAUACUACACUCUGGCCUUCGAGAACGCUGCUCAGAGUGCGGCUCUAAAAACACAAUUCGUUGAACCCGCUAUCGCCUACUGGUCGAAGGCAUUGGAGGCAAAAUCUCCGAUAAGCGAUGUGCUCAGUUUCGCUCGCCAAUGUAAUGGAGGCCUUUCGCGAAAAGCAGUUGACAUUGAUGGGGUGGAACGCAGCUUUUGCACAUAUGGCUGCAAAGCACAAAGCAUGUGCUAUACUGAACCCAUUCCUGAUGAAUACUUGGACCAAUGCCUAGAGAUUAUCAAUGGUACUCCUCAGAGAACUGGCUACGCUGGAGCUGGGCUUCCGAACACGGAUAUGUUGAUUUUGGUAGACGCCAGCGCGACCUCCACUUGCGACGGUGUAGUUCUGGCAUAUGCAACAACGUGUCAGCUGGAAGUCACACUAGAUCGUCCCAAGAAGGGCGAAACUGGUCGCAAACUGUCGAAGAGUUUUCAAAAACCUUCUGAGAAGUGUAUUAGGUCUAUCCAUGUAUCGCGAAAUCCCGAAUAUCGUACCAACCGAAAUAUGAGGCGACUUGGUAGGCGCAGUCCCCGAGUUUUUGUGAAUUUUAUUUUUCACUUGAAACCGAAUUGGACAGAUUCCGUCAAAUAUAUUGAUUGCAUAUAUCGAUUGCAUAUCGAUUGGGUUUUUACGGUCGACUCAACUGAAUCUCUCAUCUAUGAUAUUCUGUCUAGUUGUCGAAAGGAUGAAACUCCUGCGAUCACUCAACUGCUCCGGCCAGUUUUGGGCUACAUCAAUUUGUGUCCAUCAUCCAUCGGGUUCAACUAUCCGGACAUCAAAAUUGUGUAUUCUGCCAUUCUUCAUGAAUUAGGACAUGCUUUGGGGUUCUCAUCUUUGUUGUAUGCAUUUAUGCGGGACACUGAUGGAAACCCGAGAACUCCACGCGAUCCAAACACAAAUCUUCCGAACCUGGGACGAACAGACCAUGGGACAUUCAGAGCAGCUUCAAGUACCAUAGACAUUGUCAACCGAGAAUGGAAAGCAGCGUUUGGUACGUUCAGUUUGUCAGUCUGGACACUGAAAACUCCUCACGUUUUGGGAUACGCCAGAACCCAUUUUGAUUGCCCCACUCUUGACGGAGUGGAUCUGGAAAACGAGGGAGGGUCAGGUACUGCAAUUUCACAUUUUGAAAAACGCAUUGGGAACAAUGACCUGAUGACGGGAUCCAUCGAACAAUUGCUUGUACCGUCACCUUUAACACUGUCGUUCUUCCAAGACACCGGAUGGUAUAAUGUCGACAUGUCCAGGGCAGCGGACUGGAAAUGGGGUAAAGGUUUGGGCUGCACUUUUGUUCAGAAGAGUUGCUACGAGUUCAUGGAAUCUCGAACUAGAGAACAAUCGAUACGCCCCUGGUGUGCAGAACCACCAGCUGGACAAACCGAAUGCCUGAGCUACGACAACGCAUUUGGACAAUGUGAUUUGCGAAUGCAUUCGUCCAUACUGGAAGCAGAGUACCAAUAUUUCCGUCAACUCCCGAACGUGCCCACAAGUAUGGUGCCAUACUAUGGUGGCAAACAUUCACUGAUGGAUCGGUGCCCCUUUAUUCGGUUCUCUUGCUCUUCCACCCUGGGCUUAAUACUCACACUUGAAGGGAAAUCGUUUCAAUGCCCACUAGAAGGUGGUACGAUUCAGAUCGAUACGGUGGGAACGUACUUCUACCUGACUGGCAAGGCGAACUGUCCGCCAUGCUCAACCGCUUGCAACGACUGUCCGGAAGCACAGGCGAUUACCACCUCACCAGACGCAGCACCAGCCGAAAUACCAUGUGGAUCAAGAACACUCCGAUCGUCAGACGAAUUUAUUAUCCAUGCCGUAAUCUCUGCUGCAGCUCUUACUGUCAGUGAAUUUAUUUGACCAACCACGUGCGAUUUUCAUAAUGAAAGCGCUGACAGGGUAUCAGAACGUUCAGACUAGUUAAAAAUACCAAAAAGCGAGAUUUGGUCGACAAGUCUUAUUUCAGAAGGCGUUGCAUCCAUAAAUGCAGUAAACUCCUUUGCCACAAGUAACUGUCUUUGUUUUAUCCUGUAACCAUUUCAUGUAUUGCAUCAUUCUCCAGUGAACAUAAACCAACUUUGC